GGCAAGUCAAACGAGGCAUCAUCGAGAUAUGACGUCUUCUUCUUCCUCUUCCUCCUCCUUUUGCACUCUCUCCUUCCCUUUUCUCUUGUUUUCUUCCUAUUCUUUGUAGCCCCCUAUCCUCCUCAAGUCCUCAUUCCUUCUUCCGUUAAUACAAAUGUCGUCGUCUUUGAAGUUGAAGAAAAGAGAUUAUGGCGCUGAACCGGACAAGACAAAGCUUGUCAUCGCCGGCAUUCGCCACCAGUUACUGCUUCUCUUUCGCCGCCGUCACCGUCUUUUUCCGCUUGUCUCUGCCGUCUCCGGAUGUCUCCUCCUCUUCCUCUUCUCAUUCUCCAUCCUUUCUCCUCCCCCCUUGAUACAUCUCGAACCCAAUCCACAUCCAAACGCUCCAUUUCGUGUUCCUGAAAAUGGCGGAAGGUCGGAUCGCAAGUUAUGGAGCUCGCGAUUGUCCAACUUCUACUCUGCCUGCAGCAAUGCCACUGACUCCUUUCAAGUUACGGACAAGAAAACGCAAACCAAUCGGUAUUUACUGAUCGCUACAAGCGGAGGAUUAAACCAGCAGCGGACAGGGAUAAUAGAUGCUGUAGUUGCGGCUUACAUUCUAAACGCGACUCUUGUGGUUCCUAAACUUGACCAGAAAUCAUACUGGAAGGACACCAGCAACUUUGAGGAGAUAUUUGACAUUGAUUGGUUCAUUUCGCAUCUCUCCAAAGACGUGAAGAUCAUCAAGGAGCUUCCUAAAGAAGAGCAGUCAAGAAUAUCCAGCAGCCUACAGUCCAUCCGUGUCCCGAGGAAGUGCACACCCUCUUGCUACCUGCAGCGCGUUCUGCCUAUACUUAAUAAGAAACAUGUUGUGCAACUCUCCAAAUUCGACUACAGGUUGUCCAACGCUCUCGAUACAGAGCUCCAGAAGCUGAGGUGCAGAGUGAACUACCAUGCGGUGAGAUAUACAGAGUCUAUCAACAGGAUGGGCCAAUUGCUGGUUGACCGGAUGAGAAACAAAGCCAAGCAUUUCGUUGCCCUUCAUCUCAGGUUCGAACCUGAUAUGUUGGCCUUCUCCGGAUGCUAUUAUGGCGGAGGUCAGAAAGAGAGACUCGAACUCGGAGCUAUGAGACGAAGGUGGAAAACGUUACAUACGGCAAACCCUGAAAAAGAACGGCGGCAUGGGAGAUGUCCCCUGACGCCAGAGGAGAUUGGUCUGAUGCUCAGAGGCUUAGGUUUUGGGAAAGAGGUUCACUUGUAUGUUGCAUCAGGCAAAGUAUACGGAGGGGAGGAUACACUGGCACCAUUAAGAGCACUCUUUCCAAAUAUCCAUACAAAAGAGACAUUGACCUCCAAGAAAGAACUUGCUCCCUUUGCCAACUUCUCAUCACGGAUGGCUGCUCUUGACUUCAUCGUCUGUGAUGAGAGCGAUGCAUUUGUCACCAACAACAAUGGUAACAUGGCUAGAAUCUUAGCUGGACGAAGGAGAUACUUGGGACACAAAGUGACCAUUCGUCCAAACGCGAAGAAACUGUACCAAGUCUUCACAAACAGAAACAACAUGACAUGGGAUGAUUUCUCAUCCAAGGUCCGAAGAUACCAGAAGGGUUUCAUGGGGGAACCAGAUGAAAUGAAACCAGGAGAGGGCGAGUUCCACGAGAACCCAGCCUCCUGCAUUUGUCGAACCUCUGAAGCAAGAAGAGUAAAAGAAAAAGCAAAACAUGAUCUAAAUGAAGAUGAACAAGACUCGUCAGAGUACUCAGACAUUGGCAAUGUCCCCAUAGCAAGUGCCAGUAGAAGCGAUUUGGAGAUUUGGUGAAGUGAUCUUCUGAUCAGACUAAUUUCUUCUCAGCAAGUGUCAGCGUUGUUUCCAGAUAGAGAA